AUGAAUAAUCUAUGUUCACCUACAUUGUUCGAACAUUUGUCUGUCGAACUCAUUCUUUUAAUUUUCGAAUAUCUUUCUCCACUUGAUCUACUCAAUGGAUUCGAAGAACUUAAUAGUCGAUUUUUAUCCAUCAUCAAACAACAUCCUCUUUCAUUGCCUAAUAAUCGACGCAUGAAUAUCGAUAUCUAUGAUGAUUAUAUUACAUAUGUUCUACGUGAAUAUUCAUCACAAAUAAUUUAUCUUCAUUUGUCUGAACAUCGUACUCCUCAUGCAGUUGAGUCAUUUAUUUUUGAAUCAUAUAAUCAAAAAUUCUUCUUUCCAAAUUUAACAGCAAUAACUAUCAGAGAUGUACCUGUAAAUAUCUAUUGUUCAUUGAUGAACAAUUUUUUACCAUCAUUUAAUCUAAAAUCACUUUCAAUCAAUUUGAAUAACGAUCUUUAUCAUUAUAAAGAUUACGCUACAUGGACCGACGUGGAUUUUGUUAUACCAAUACUAAAUUCUCAUUCACAAUUGUGUUCAUUCUACUUGCGAAUUUUACCACAAUAUGACAAGAAUUAUAUGAAUGAUCUUAAGAAUAUAUCUUCUCAUAUCAAUACUCAUUGGCAUUUACAUACAUUAUCGAUUGAUCAAUGUUCGUGCGUAUUGUUGAUGGAAUUACUCGGCAAUAAUCAUCUACCAAAAUUACGUAAUUUGCAUAUCAUAUUUCCUUAUGACCAUGGUCGUGAACAUCUUUUUAUAAUUCAAUCUCAUCAAACACCAUUGAAUCGAACUUGUGUACCUGAAUUACGUCGUAUUAAAAUUAGACUUUCUGCAUAUGUUCAAAGAAUAUUAUUCUAUUUCAAAGAUCUCUAUAGUUUCGAACAACUUGAACAAUUUACAAUACGUGGUCGUGUGAAUUUUAGUGAAAAUGCUGACCUUCCGACUGCAUAUAGUCUACAACAAUGGUUAACUAUGUCAAAAAUAAAACGAUGCAAUGUUCGAUUAGAUUUUUCAGUGGUCUAUAAUAAUCAAGACGAUAAGGAACAUUUAAAUGAUUUGUUUACUGAUUAUAUUAAAAUAUUUGGUCCUCGUUCCUGUGAUUUAAAACGUAAUAUUGCUAUACGUUAUCCGAUUAAUGUCGAAUUAUUACGAAAUGAUAGUAAGGAUGAAAGUGAAGAAAAUGGCGAUGAUGAUUAUUCAAUGAUUGCUACGAAUGAUGAGUUGGAAAUUGAAGACUCGGAUCAUUUGAAAGAUAAGUGGAUACAAACUAUACAUAAUGUGUCUCGCUGGAACAAUCUUCGAAAAAUAUCCAUUUUGGGUGAUUGUACAACAGAUUCAAAUCAAAUCAGUCUUAAUUUGCCAAUUCUACUUUAUAUUGCUCAACGAGCACCACGUUUCUGCGAACUGGAAAUUCAGGCAACACGUGCAUUUGGUCUUGCUCUUUCGUUUAACAUUGAACUUUGUACAUAUCUCGCCGAUCACCUCGAAGUACUUCGUUUCACUAGUGAAGAUAGAACAAGUUCUUUUCUUGAAUUGGUUCAAAUUGUUGAUACAAUUUAUUCUUAUUCAUCAUCAUCAUCAUCACUAAAAAAAUUGACAAUCUUCGUCGAUUCUGAUCCAGCAUCAUGGCUUACAUUGAAUCAUUUUCAAAAUGGACUUCAACUCGUAUUCAAUCGUUUUCCAACAUUGAUUCAUUUUACAUUGUAUUGUUCUCAGAUAGAAUUAUUCAAAAAUACUAUCUACGAUUUGACUGAAUUAGCAUCUGAAUGGUAUAAAGGAAUGGACUGUCCUCGAUCAUGGAGUUGGAGAUCUAAAUCACAUAUAUUUGAUAUUUGGUUCUAG